AGUACACUACUCUUGACAGAACAGGACGCGUACAAACUUUGUACCCAACUCUUAAGCUUGGCACCGUAAUUACUUCUCUAUCAACAGCAACAAGUGUGGUCUCUCAGAAUGGAAGCAACUGUCUGGGUGAACUCAUAAAAAAAAAUUGGUGGUAAUUGUGCUAACAUGAGAAAAAAAAUGGUAAAUUUGGUAAGCAGAAUGAAUGCUGCCGAUCAUCGAAUGGAUCUCGCUGCGAUCUCGUUCUCGAGUGAUAUGAUUAAUUGCUCAAAUCAGUCGUCGUCGUCGGCUUCUCAAAUCCAUAACGCACCCGGCUUUCGGACGUUCUCGCGUCACCUUAACUCAUGUGUAGACGAUUGAUGACGUCUAGGUUCCACUCUUAAUAGUUGGUCCGGCUGUCGGAUGCUGCUGAUUGACCAGACCAGAGCAAUGUUUACUUAAUAAUGUUGUUGUUUCAACGAGAGGAACCAUCAUUAGAUCCUAGAACGUCAAUCGGUUAGCUAGCAGUGACAGAUAGGUGGUUUCGUUCUCGAAAAUUUAGAAAACACGAGAUGAUACUUCGAUGGAAAAAUCUGCUGGUGGAAGUGCUGCUUCUGAGGAUUUCCCUGGUCAAGUCCUUACUGUUUCAGAAGGAUUGCGUUUGUGAUCCGCUGAACGCCUUCAUGGAUUCACUUCCCCUCAAUCGGGAACGAACGGACGAACUCCUGGCCCUGGACGAAUAUCAAGGUGAACCAUAUCGUGUCGUAACCGAGGACGGUUACGUGCUCAAAAUCUACCAGAUCUGGAAGAACGAAAGACCCAUCGGGAACUCAACUCGGGAAGUGAUCCUUCUUCAGCAUGGAAUCCUCAACACCUCGGCCGAUUGGCUAGUGCUGGGACCCGGAAAAUCCCUAGCAUACCAACUGGUAGACUUGGGAUACGACGUUUGGCUGGCCAACAGUCGAUCCUCCAUAAAUUCCCACCAGCACGAAACGUUAUGCACUUGCUCCAAGGAAUUUUGGAACUACAGCUGGCACGAGAUGGGUAUGUACGAUCUUCCUGCCACAAUCGACGCCGUUCUUGAAAGGACCUCAAGAAGAACCUUGAGGCUUUUGGCCUUCUCCGAAGGUGGAGGGGUGGCUGCGGUUAUGCUUUCGAUGAGGCCGGAGUAUAACGAUAAGGUUACGGUUUUUGAUGCCUUAGCUCCCGGAACGAAUGUGGCCAAUACGUUCUACCGGUUCCUGGUGAUACCGAUCAGUAAGCUGACGAAGCAUCCGUCCACCUACGCUUUGUACGGCACCAACCGGCUGACCACGGCCCUUUGCGCAAAACACCAGGAAAUCUGCUUCGAACUGUACUACCACUUCAUUGCCGGGGAAAGUGCCGGCAUGAAUCGAACCAUAGUCCACAAACUGUAUCAAUCACUUCCGGGCGGAGCUUCGAUCAAGGAACUGCAACACUACAUCCAGAUCAUUUGGACCAGGCGCUUUGCCCCGUACGACUAUGGACCGCACCUGAAUAUGGAAAUGUACGGCGUCAAAGUUCCUCCACUGUAUCCACUGGAUCGGAUACGAAUUCCGGUCAACAUCCAUUACGGAUUGGCGGACAAAAUUGUGGAUUCGUCUGGGGUCGAGGGAUUUGCGGCGAAGCUGAUCAAUAGCCCCCGGGUUCAGAUGCGAGCCUACGAUCGUCUGGGCCAUUCGGAUUUCAUCUUUGGUGAGGCUGCCUAUCAGAUGGUUUAUCCGGAAGUCAUCAAGUGGAUCACCGCAUCCAGUAGUUGAUAGAUUGAAUAAUGAAGACUGUUAUAAAACUAUUAAACAACUAAGUUACCUGAUGAAAAUUGUAAUAAAAAUCUGUGAUCGCCAGUAGGACAUUGGGAGCUGUUCUCGUAUGUGAAAUAAAUAAGAAUUAAAUAAACACGAUUCACAAAUAACGGCCCCAAUAUAUUUUAAAACUCUGAGCCUCAAAUUGAAUUUCAUUAAGCAUCCUCCAAAUAUUUUAAAAUUUAUUUCGGUUAAAUUGUAUAAAGCAAACUAUGUACCAAAAAUUUGACAUAAUUGCGCGUCCCAAUCAAAUACAAACGACCCAUUUUAGUUGACGAACCAUGUUAA